AUGUUGGACGCCUACGAUGUCACAGAACGUGGCGGAACGUCGCAAACCUUCACACCUGAUCUUGGCUUCGAGCUGCCUCCUGACAGCUGCUCCUGCUGCCAGCGUCACCUGCCGACUGGUGCCCACCUGCACUGGUGCCUGGUCCACUGGCACCAGUGUCCGAAGUGGCAUUGCCUCUCGGUGCUGCUGAGGCUGGCGCUGCCCAGCCUGGUGGCUGUGCUGUCUCUGCACACGCCCGUGACCACCGCUGCCCUGCGGGCUGGCCCCCGGCCCACCACUUGCUGGUCUGCCGCCCGCAGCCGGCUCUCGUCGGGGGGACAAAGCCAUCUUGCACGAGCAGCCUUUGCCUCGGACGGCUGCACACCGCGACACUACCUGGGGCGUCUGGCAGUUCAGCCCAGGGCCCUGGGCUGGUUCACUACCAACCCCCCCACCCCCCAUUUCCUCCUUCCAGGACCCACACGAGCGCCUGUGGUCAGUGUGACCCCAGCUCGACCGUGCCUGGCCUCCUCGCUGGAGAGGCAGAGCGCCGGGGCGGCCUCCUGCCUCGCUCACACUCACAGCCUGUGUCCUGGGGAGCCCGGCCUGCAGACAGCAGCAGGCCGCCCGUUCAACCUCGCGGAGAUCCUGGCUCAGAACUACGGCGUCCGGGAGGAGUGCGAGGCGGCGGCCGGCGGCCUGGAGAAGCCCGAGGAGGAGCUGGGGAAGCAUUUCAUCGCCCAGAGCAGCGACAUGCCCCUCGACGAGCUGCUCGCCCUCUACGGCUACGAGACGUCAGACCCCAUCUCGGACCGGGAGAGCGAGGGCAGCGAGGCCACAGUGCCCCUCCCGGACAUGACCCUGGACAAGGAACAAAUAGCGAAGGAUUUGCUUUCAGGGGAAGAAGAGGAAGAGACACAGUCUUCAGCCGAUGACCUCACCCCGUCUGUGACCUCCCACGGGGCCUCUGACCUUUUCCCCAACCAGAGUGGAUCCUGCUUCCUGGCUGACGGAGCCAAAAAGCCCAGCUCCUCGGCCUCGUCCGACACGGAGGAGGACCCCCUGCCCGCCAACAAAUGCAAGAAGGAGAUCAUGGUGGGGCCUCAGUUCCAAGCUGACCUCAGCAACCUGCACUUGAACCGCCAUUGUGAGAAAAGUAAGUGGCCCUGGCCCCCGUGCGCCUGGCGCCUCGAGUGCCAGCCUGUCUCCAUCCUGAAAUCCCAAGCGGGGAAGCUCGCCGAUGGCCUCUGUGCGUGGAGCGAGGAGGAGUGCCGGAACUUCGAGCACGGCGUCCGGGUGCACGGCAAGAACUUCCACCUGAUCCAGGCCAACAAGGUGCGGACUCGCUCCGUGGGCGAGUGUGUGGAGUACUACUACCUGUGGAAGAAGUCGGAGCGCUACGACUACUUCUCCCAGCAGACUCGGCUGGGCCGACGAAAGUGCGGCCUGUCGGGAACCACGGACGCGGACCAGGAUCUGGACGGCAGUGAUCCUGACGGCCCUGCCUGCCCUCGUUCCUCGCUGUCCCUGCCCGCUGCUGCCGACGGGCUAGACCCCGACCAGGAGCCCCUGGCCCGGAUGCGCACAGGUGAGACUGCGUGGGGCCCGCGUGGGCAGCUCCCCUCACUGGUGGACGCUGGUGGUCACACCUGUCGAGUCCCUGGGCCCUCUGGCAUUCCGGGUGGAGAGGAACUGUGCUUCUCAGCCCUGAAAUGGGGUCUCUGCCUUGGGCCCCCAGGAAGGGUGGGUUCAGCCCCAGCCACCACGCAGGGGAUCGGUAGUGCCUGUGCCAUUGCCAGGGUCCACUCGGGAGCAGGACGGGGCCUUCAGUGUCUGAAGGUGGCCCGCACCGAGCUCGGGACGUUUGGGUCCCGAUAGGGAUACCCCCGGUUCCAGGACUCAGUGGGCCCGUGGCUGACCAGGGGGUGGCC